AUGAACUCCAGAACGCCUUGCGUGAUACUGUAUGCAGUAUCCCUGGUGGUGUGCGUGUUUGUGAUUUUUUCCCUGAACAAAUAUGAGAGGCAAGGGGUGCCGCUGCACAAGCUGAGCAGCACCUCUGUGUUGCUGCAGGAACUUUACAAUGCGAACAGAAGGGAGAGGCCAACGGGGGAAAGACAAAACUGGUCCAAUGGGAAGGUCUCCCAUUUUAGCAUAAAUCUGUUCAUCGUAUCAACAGGUAAGGAAAGAAGCACCAAUUCAUUGGGGAUAGAAAUGAAGGAAUAUUUUUCUAGCCAAGUUCAGUUUGAGUGGAAAGAUAAACCAGCUGCAAGGAGCAUCUCCGAUGUGCAGGAGUUGUUUUACGUGAACCCACUCCUCGUUAGUGAAGACGAAAUGGGAAGUGAUAACAUGCGUGAUAUUGCAAAUGUGUGUUUGAGCAGCUCCCCCGGGGAAGGUAGUACCCAUAAUAUACUAAACAAUAGAUAUUUCAUAUGUUUAAGUGAAAAACGGCAGGAGGAAGGCACCAGCGUCGUUUUCACGCUGAAGGGGAACAACACCAUUCACGUGAAGUUCACCCAACGGGAUAACAACCCAACCACUUACAAUCACCAGUUGGCCGAAGAAACGUGGAACAUUGUAAAGCGUGUCUUUUUUUUUAAGUCCAAAAAUCGGUCGCUUUUUUUUAACCCCGAAUUGGAUUUGAACUUUUAUUUGGCUAGCAGUUUGUACAACGAGGGGAAUUACAAAGUGAGCAAAUACAAAACAGGUUCAAGGGUGAGCAACGAUAAAACUGGUGACGAGUCGAAGGAUCCACAGAGUGAUGAUCCAAACGGGUAUGCUUCCCCCGUGAAUAUCGCCACGUGGGACUUUUACAACGACGUUUACUACCCCUACCUGAGAAACUUCAUCGAGCAGCUUCUGAACCUUUUUCAAAUAAAUGUCUACACGCAGAUUAUUGCCAAUAUUGAUCUGUUUAAAAUUUCGGAAAAGGUAAAGGAGGUGGAAGGGAAACGAGUGAUCAUCCUGGACAGGGUAAAUAAAUUGACGAGCAUUUUUGACGACGUCACUUUUGGGGACAUCCUCAGAAAGCCAACUUAUCACAUCCCGAAGAGCAUCAAUUUGGUGGCCGUUUUUCCCACUGGAGAGGAAAUUUUUUUUUAUAAUCCACCCACGGGGAAGCUGGAGACGACUGUUUCGUUUGCCGAGUGGGGCGUCUUCCACAUAAACAAUGCUUUCCAACGGGGGAACAUGACAAGGAAGAGAAAAAAGUUUGUGAACGUGUCAGGGGAGGCUCCUUUUAUUUGCGGUUUUUUCAUUUCCCAUUUGAGGCAAUAUUUGGGACUGGGGGCAAAUUUUUCCGAUUACGUUUUUACCAUCUUCGAUGCAGACAGGUAUGACGUAAAAUAUGUGCGAAGUGAGUCCACCGAUGAGGGCAACUCUUUUCUGUAUGCAGUCCAGAGUGAAGACCAACUAAACUUUUACUUUUCCUACGACAGCCCCGUGAGGAGUGGUAUUUUCCCCUUUGAGCUUUUGGCCCUCAUGCGGGAAGCUUACCUCUACUACGUGGUGGAAGCGCUGACCAACCUGGGCAAAUUCGUGUCCAUAUCAAAUGUGAGCAUUUAUUUUAGAGUGCCUGUGCACGCUUUGCACGUUUUUAACGACAUCCUGGAUAAGGUUAAAUGUAGCUUGGAUCUCAUGCGUGGGGCGGACGGUUGCAAGAUGCCACAUUUGGGGAAGUCCAUUCGGGAGGCCUUACACUCAUACGGUCAUCCCAUCGGGGGAAAUGCCAACGAGGGGGAUAACCGGACCGUGGAGGCAGAUCUAUUGAGGGAAACGUACUUCAGAGCGGCGGUCGUUUUGGCACAGAGCGCUUACAAGGAUUCCUUGCAACUCCUAAGCGAUGACACGUUCUCCAUUUACGAUAUCCUUUCGAAGGACUUCCUCUUGGCCUCCGUGCUGCCUGUGCUCAUCCCGUAUGCAAUUCCAGUCACGUUUUCUCUCUUCAGGGAACUAUUCAGAAGCAUCAAACUGGCCAAGGAGAAGCAGAAGGUGGACUGA